GAGUUCAUUUGUUUCAUCGUAAAACUAAAAGGGUGUGAAGAUGAUGCAUUUAAUGACUUCGAUGACUCCCAUCUUUCCAUCGUCAGCAUCACGGGACAAGACUUUUCUGCUCCCCGUAUUAGACGCUAAAGCAAAAUCGCUGUCUGCUGUUUUUUGUCUCUCAUUCUCAAAGCACCCGUUCACACUUGAGGAGCUUCUCCUUAAAUAAUUGGAUUUUGAAUAGAAUUAGUAGGUUUUUAUUCUUGUGUUUUUUUUUUCUUUUUAAUAAAUAUUGGUUGGUCAGAUGACUUGUCAUCCCAACUGCUGAGCUUCCGUGUACAGACUUCUUAUAUAUAAUUGAACACCGUUCUUCCAAAAUACCAAGCAUUUUGAGGUCUUUGGGGGGCAUUGGACUAAUGGGUUGCUCUUAAAAUCCAUAAAUUUGGAAGCUUUUUAAAGUUUAGUAGCCAAAUUUCUGCCUUUCCAACCAAGAAAAUUGAAGGAUUUGUUGGUAGUCGUUGUUUUGGUUCAUCAUACCUUUGUAUCUCUUUCUAUCAUCUGGAUCUGCACUUUGAGGGCUAUGAAGUGUUUUAUAUUCCCCAGUUGGGAUAAAAAAGAUGAACCAAAGACCCCCAAAUCUGUUUCAUCUCGGUCUAUGAAUUCUACAUUCACUGAUCGUGAAGUAGGGCGGUCUGGGUCUGAAUUAAAUUCCCAGAAUGACUCAGGCAUUAGUACUGAGUCUAUGGGGAGGUCCUCUUUUCCUAGCAUGUCCCAAAGACCUAGCAAUCUAAGAGUAUUCACGGUUUCUGAGCUUAAGUCUGCCACCAAGAAUUUUGGCCGCUCUGUCAUGGUUGGAGAGGGUGGAUUUGGUUGUGUUUACAAGGGGUUUAUCAAGAAUCCUGAUGAUUCAUCUCAAAAGAUUGAAGUAGCAGUGAAACAGCUUGGUAAAAGGGGGUUACAGGGGCACAAGGAGUGGGUGACAGAAGUAAACGUCCUUGGUGUGGUUGAGCAUCCAAAUCUAGUAAAGCUAGUGGGCUACUGUGCUGAAGAUGAUGAAAGAGGAAUCCAAAGGCUUUUGAUAUACGAGUAUAUGGCCAAUAGAAGUGUGGAAAACCAUUUAUCUAUCCGGUCAGAGACAACCCUUUCCUGGGAAUUGAGAUUGAAAGUAGCUCAAGAUGCUGCUCGUGGGUUAGCAUACCUACACGAAGGAAUGGAUUUCCAGAUAGUCUUCAGGGAUUUCAAGUCUUCUAACAUCCUUUUGGAUGAGCAAUGGAAUGCAAAGCUGUCAGACUUUGGAUUAGCCAGGUUGGGCCCUUCGGAAGGAUUCACUCAUGUCUCAACAGCGGUUGUUGGAACAAUGGGAUAUGCCGCUCCUGAAUACAUCCAGACUGGACGUCUCACAUCCAAGAUUGAUGUGUGGAGCUAUGGAGUCUUCCUCUAUGAACUCAUUACUGGUAGGCGCCCUGUAGACAAAAACCGCCCCAAGAAUGAGCAAAAGCUUUUGGAAUGGGUAAAGGCAUACCUCUCUGAUGUGAAGAAAUUCCAGUUGAUAUUGGACCCUAGACUGAAAGGGAAAUACCAACUCAAGUCUGCCCAAAAGCUUGCAGUUGUGGCGAACCGAUGCUUAGUCAGAAAUCCAAAGUCACGCCCUAAGAUGAGUGAGGUGUUAGAAAUGGUGAACCGGAUUGUGGAUGCAUCAUCCAGAUCCGGAAGUCCUGAGCCACCAUUGAAGACUUUGCCAUCUAUGAAAACCUCCAGGGAAACAGAAAGAAAACACAGAAGAAGGAUCACAGAUUUCAGAAGUGCUGAAAAAGUUUGUUCGGCUGUUGACUCCAAAGCUUGUAAGAACAUGUUAACAGCCGGUAACUUCAAGCUCAAGGUUUAAGCGAACCACGCCUGCAGCAUUUUCAGUUGUUUAAAUUUAACCUUAAAAAACCUCAUAGAAUUUCAAAGGGUUUUAGCAUGAAAGUUGACUGAGCAAUGCAAUCAAAGUUCCUAUAGAAUUAUGCAAUCAAAGAUGUAUAAAGCUGCUCUAUAACCAUAGAUGUGAAGAAGCUUUCAGAUACUGCAACUUCUUAUGGGAAAGGAAACCAUUUAACAUCCUCAUUUUGGUAUAAGAGGCUAGCAAAGUUGCUCAGAAGAAGAUGCUUAAAACAAGUAGGAUUUGGGUGUCGAGCUUGUUUUCUUGGAAACCUUGAUAGCAUACGAACAACUGUACCAAAGUCCUAUAUUUAUUGUUGUAUUACGUCAUAUAUGCUCAGUUUAGGCUUGAUUUAGCGACUGGUACAUAAUAUUAUGUUUAAUAAUAGAAUAAAUAAAAAUAUACUUUAUAGUUUUCAUAUUUGGAUUUUGGUUUUCAUGUCUUUGUUGAGACUCUGACAAGAAUCAAUAGUUCCUUCUCA